AUGAAGUUCGUCAGUCUUUUCGCAUUCACAACUGCCAUUGCAAUGGUCACUGCGGCUCGCGUUCCGAUAGGCGACCGCCAAUUCCUCGCUAGAUUAUAUAUUCCUCCUCAAGAGGGCGAGGACUGCCGAGCGCACACUGGCGAGUAUUGUUGCACAUGGGAGGGUUGUCGAUCAUGCUGCGUGUGGGAGAAAUGUGAUUUGAGCAUCGACGCCGCGCAGGGCAAGUGUGUGCCGAAUUGGUGA